AUGCCCAUAAUUAAUACUAGUAUCGUCUUUAUCAUCACGCUAGCACUAUUCUCACUUGUCGCCGCCGCAUAUCCCCGCGCUCCGCCGGCUUCUGUUGGUUCCACAGACGGCGGCGGCUUCCCUGCAGCUGAUCGCCGCCGUAUUUCGGCCGAUGUGGUUGGCGACAUGGAGAAGCCGAUAUUAUGGAGGAGGAUGAUGAUUGCAACCAGACCACACAAGUCUCCUUCCGCGCCGCAUAACUUCCCUCAUCAACGGCGGCUCUCAGGCACUUCAUCCGAACACGAAGACCAACGACCACCGUCUCCGGCGGCAAAGAGCAGCGGCAUGGGCGGUGCCGGUGAUGAUGAUGGAUUGACCAAAAUGAAAGAGGAAAUUAUCAGCAGUUGUGGAGGAAAGCAUAACCAUGGUGAAUACGCAGGAGUGGUUGCCAGAAGAUGUCGCCGGUGGAGGAGGUUGAUCGCCGCCGGUGCAACCGCCGGCCCACAUAAAUCUCCUUCCGCGCCGCAUAACUUCCGUCAUCAACGGCGGCUCUCAGGCACUUCAUCGGAACAUGAAGACCGACGUCCACCGUCUCCGGCGACAAAGAACAGCGGCAUGGGCGGUGCCGGUGAUGAUGGUGGAAUGAGCAAAAUGAAAGAGGAAAUUAUCAGCAGUUGUGGAGGAAAGCAUAAUAAUCAUGGUGAUGACUAUGGAGUGGUUGCCAGAAGAUGUCGCCGGUGGAGGAGGUUGAUCGCCGCCGGUGCAAGCGAUUCUCCACCGUCUUCCGGCUACCAUCGCCAUUAA